AGAGACCCCACUCCACUGGUGUGCCAGACACAGCAACCUGAGGGUGAUGCAGAUACUGGUGGAGCGCGGAGCCAACCUGUACGCUGCCCGCACCCCUGAUGGGUACACACCGCACCUGGUGGCUACGGCAGCGAACUUUGUGAAUGGAGUGAAGUACCUCCGGGAGAAGGGCGUCGACCUGGAGUACGCCACCCCCUCUGGUGAAUUGGCCCUGACAGCAGCAGCUCGUUUAAACAAGGAUAAGGUUCUUUCAGCCCUGGUGAACCUUGGGGCGCACCUGGACGUCCACGACGGUACAGGCAUGACACCGUUAAUGUAUACGAUACGGAACAAGAAUGUAGAGGCCAUGGAAAACUUAUUGAAAUCAGGGAGCGAUGUCAACUUACAGGAUAAUGAUGGAACUUCAGCGUUGAUGCUGGCGGGCUCCAGCGGAUCAGCGACAAUACUGACGAAGCUCCUGGAGUACCCUCAAGACCUCGACGUACUCGACAAUGCUGGCGACACAGCGAUGCUCCGGUGGACCAGGUCUGACAUGACCCCUGCUGUGUUACAGCUCCUUCAGUACUGUCCUGACCUCACCCUCCAGGACCCUCAAGGCAAGACAGCUCAAGAUAUUGCACAAGACCGGGGCAACAGUGAACUGAUCUCGGCCAUUCAAAGUGAGUGGAGUUAA